CUAUGAUUUAUCUCAGAAUCCCAUACAGAGUAGCAGUGAUGAAAUAACUCUGUCGUUUAAAACACUUCAGAGGAACGGACUGAUGCUUCACACAGGAAAAUCGGCUGAUUAUGUCAAUCUUGCACUGAAAAAUGGAGCUGUCUCCUUGGUCAUUAAUUUGGGCUCAGGGGCCUUUGAAGCGCUGGUGGAACCUGUGAAUGGGAAAUUUAAUGACAAUGCCUGGCAUGAUGUGAAAGUAACCAGGAAUCUGCGUCAGGUGACAAUAUCAGUGGAUGGAAUUCUGACCACAACGGGAUACACGCAAGAAGACUACACCAUGCUGGGCUCUGAUGACUUUUUCUAUGUUGGAGGCAGUCCUAGCACAGCAGACCUCCCAGGGUCACCAGUCAGUAACAACUUUAUGGGCUGUCUCAAAGAGGUUGUAUAUAAAAAUAACGAUGUCAGGUUGGAGUUAUCUCGACUUGCCAAGCAAGGAGAUCCUAAAAUGAAGAUUCAUGGGGUUGUAGCAUUUAAAUGUGAGAAUGUUGCAACCUUAGAUCCAAUCACGUUUGAAACACCAGAGUCUUUCAUCUCUUUGCCAAAGUGGAAUGCCAAGAAAACAGGCUCAAUAUCAUUUGACUUUCGUACAACUGAGCCAAACGGCCUGAUUCUUUUCAGCCAUGGAAAACCAAGGCACCAAAAAGAUGCCAAACACCCACAGAUGGUGAAGGUUGACUUUUUUGCCAUUGAGAUGCUUGAUGGCCACCUCUACCUGCUGUUAGACAUGGGAUCAGGUACUAUAAAAAUAAAAGCCUUGCAGAAGAAGGUUAAUGAUGGUGAAUGGUACCAUGUGGAUUUUCAACGGGAUGGACGGUCAGGGACCAUAUCUGUGAACACAUUACGUACACCAUAUACUGCACCAGGGGAAAGUGAAAUCCUUGACUUGGAUGAUGACUUGUAUCUUGGAGGCUUACCAGAAAAUAAAGCAGGCCUCGUCUUCCCAACAGAGGUGUGGACAGCACUUCUCAAUUAUGGAUACGUCGGCUGCAUUAGAGAUUUAUUCAUUGAUGGUCAAAGCAAAGAUAUUCGACAGAUGGCGGAAGUUCAAAGCACAGCUGGAGUAAAACCCUCAUGCUCAAGAGAAACUGCAAAACCUUGCCUUAGCAACCCCUGUAAAAACAAUGGUGUAUGCAGGGAUGGGUGGAACAGAUAUGUUUGUGAUUGCUCUGGUACAGGGUACCUUGGCAGAUCAUGCAAAAGAGAGGCAACAAUUCUAAGCUAUGAUGGAAGUAUGUUUAUGAAAAUACAGCUCCCUGUUGUGAUGCAUACAGAGGCUGAAGAUGUUUCUUUACGAUUCAGGUCUCAGCGAGCUUAUGGCAUUUUAAUGGCAACUACUUCUAGGGAAUCUGCAGAUACCCUUCGUUUAGAGUUGGAUGCAGGACGAGUUAAACUAACGGUCAACCUAGGCAAAGGUCCAGAAACCCUUUUUGCUGGCUAUAACCUCAAUGAUAAUGAGUGGCACACAGUGCGUGUGGUUCGGCGAGGAAAAAGUUUAAAGUUAAUGGUGGAUGACCAGCAGGCCAUGACAGGUCAAAUGGCUGGUGAUCACACACGACUGGAAUUCCACAACAUAGAAACAGGAAUAAUAACAGAACGGCGCUACCUGUCUUCUGUGCCUUCUAAUUUCAUCGGGCAUCUACAGAGUCUUACAUUUAAUGGCAUGGCAUACAUUGACUUAUGUAAAAAUGGAGACAUCGAUUAUUGUGAGCUAAAUGCAAGAUUUGGAUUCAGGAACAUCAUAGCAGACCCUGUAACCUUUAAAACGAAAGCAAGUUAUGUUGCACUGGCCACGCUACAAGCAUAUACGUCUAUGCACCUUUUUUUCCAGUUCAAAACAACCUCUCUGGAUGGAUUGAUACUUUAUAACAGUGGCGAUGGAAAUGAUUUCAUUGUGGUUGAAUUAGUAAAAGGGUAUUUACACUAUGUGUUUGACUUGGGAAAUGGUGCAAAUCUCAUCAAAGGAAGUUCUAAUAAACCUCUGAAUGACAACCAGUGGCAUAAUGUGAUGAUAUCAAGGGAUAUCAACAAUCUCCACACUGUGAAGAUUGACACUAAAAUCACAACACAGAGCACAGCAGGAGCCAGAAAUUUAGAUCUCAAAAGUGAUUUGUAUAUUGGAGGAGUGGCCAAAGAAAUGUAUAAGUCAUUGCCAAAACUGGUGCACGCAAAAGAGGGAUUCCAAGGCUGUCUUGCAUCAGUUGACUUGAAUGGACGGCUCCCUGAUCUAAUCUCAGAUGCUCUCUUCUGUAAUGGGCAAAUAGAAAGAGGAUGUGAAGGCCCCAGCACAACGUGCCAAGAGGAUUCAUGCGCGAACCAGGGAGUGUGCUUACAGCAGUGGGAUGGAUUCAGUUGUGACUGUAGUAUGACCUCCUUUAGUGGACCAUUAUGCAAUGACCCGGGAACAACAUAUAUCUUUAGCAAAGGUGGUGGACAAAUCACUUACACGUGGCCUCCUAACGAUCGGCCAAGCACUCGUGCAGACAGACUGGCAAUAGGGUUUAGUACUGUUCAAAAAGAAGCUGUGUUGGUACGAGUGGACAGUUCUACUGGGCUCGGAGAUUAUUUAGAGCUGCAUAUCCACCAGGGAAAAAUUGGAGUUAAGUUUAAUGUUGGAACUGAUGACAUCUCUAUUGAAGAGAUCAACGCAAUCAUUAAUGAUGGAAAAUACCAUGUAGUACGUUUCACAAGAAGUGGUGGCAAUGCCACGUUACAGGUGGACAACUGGCCAGUUAUUGAACGUUACCCAGCAGGAAACAAUGAUAACGAGCGCCUGGCGAUUGCUAGACAGCGAAUUCCAUAUCGACUUGGUCGAGUAGUUGAUGAAUGGCUACUCGACAAAGGGCGUCAGCUCACAAUCUUCAAUAGCCAAGCAACCAUAAAAAUUGGAGGCAAGGAACGUGGCCAUCCUUUCCAAGGCCAGCUCUCUGGUCUUUACUACAAUGGCUUGAAAGUUCUGAAUAUGGCAGCAGAAAAUGAUGCCAACAUCGUGAUAGAAGGAAAUGUGAGACUUGUUGGUGAAGUGCCUUCCUCUAUGACAACUGAGUCCACAGCCACAGCGAUGCAGUCUGAGAUGUCCACGUCAGUCAUGGAAACAACCACCACUUUGGCCACGAGCACUGCUAGAAGAGGAAAGACCCCGACAAAAGAACCUAUUGGUCAGACCACAGAUGACAUCCUGGUGGCCUCGGCUGAAUGUCCUAGCGAUGACGAGGACAUCGAUCCCUGUGAGCCGAGCUCAGCAAAUCCUACCAGGGCAGGAGGAGGAAGGGAGUACCCUGGCUCAUCCGAGGUGAUUCGUGAAUCCAGCAGCACAACAGGCAUGGUAGUUGGGAUCGUGGCAGCAGCGGCGCUGUGUAUCCUCAUUCUCCUGUACGCUAUGUACAAGUACAGGAAUCGAGACGAAGGAUCGUAUCAUGUAGAUGAGAGUCGAAACUACAUCAGUAACUCAGCACAAUCCAAUGGGGCUGUGAUCAAGGAAAAACAGCCCAACAGCGCUAAAAGUUCCAACAAAAACAAGAAAAAUAAGGAUAAGGAGUACUAUGUCUGAUCUCAACAUCUAAAAGAACGCUUGUAUAGAAAUAGUCUUCAUUUUAUCUGAGACAUAAUACAAACUUAUUUACUUUACUUUUUAUGAAGCACAUUCAAAAAUAAACAAACAAAAAAGACAGGGAAUGCAAUCAGAAAGGAAAGACUGUUUUUAAAAACAAGCAUUUCAUGCUCUUGUUUUUCAGAAACAGGAGCUGAUAAAUUCCCUAACAUCCACAGUGUUUUCAUUUACUCUGCCUGUCUUUAUGUUGCUGGAACAUUUCUGAAAGACAAUGAUGACACCACGCAUUCAUAAAGCAAGGAGUAUUACUACAGCAUCAAGGCACAAUAUGAAACAAAACAAAUUAAAAAAACAAAACAGGAAAAAAAAAGAAAAAAGAAGCUACCUAUGAUUCUGGAUUUAGCCAAAGUGCUAGCGCUUUCUUGAGAAGUAAGUUAGUCUUAUUGUCAGAGAAGACUGUCAUUAUAUAUGGUGACUCAACAAGCAAACAUAAAGAGUUUGCCGUCUGGUGCAGUGAAGCAGUGAUUGGAAACUUGCAUUUGAAACAAAGUGCUGGCUUUUCUGAAGACUUACGUAGAAAUACUUUCAAAAAGCCCCUUUCUGGUUGUGAGGAAAAUAGUACGGAGGCCUUAUUUUCAAAAACAAAAACAAAAAUCUGGAAUAUAAGGCACAUUUCCACAAAAAAAAAAAAGAAAAAAA